AUCCCAAACUUCAACAGUUAAACCGUUUAUAAACCCCGUCCGUGUUUGAUUCCAUCGAUUCGGGUAAUUCUUCGCGUGAAAUCAUUCAUUACUAUUGGUCAAACUGACAGGCCAGCAAUUCCUACUCCGCGCGUGCAAAUGUGCCUUAUUACGACCCGAUUUCAGAUAUAUCCGCAAAAGCCGUUAAUCCUUCUAACACUGUUUUUCUUUUAUUUUGAGGUUAGCCUGCAUAGGAUUAUAUUUUUUCUUUCAAUAUCAACACCGUUCGAUAAAGAUGACGAAGCACACAGGAAUAUUGGUAAUUACUUGAAAGGAUUACGAAGGAAGGGGUUUUGAUAUCGUGAAACACGCAGUUUGUGUUCAAUUUGCUGAAGAAAUUGACGAAGUUAUUAAUUAGAAGUUAUUAGAAAUGAGCAAACGAUGGAUUUCAAUGGGCAGAGGGAAAGCAAAGGAAGGGAGCAGUUUGAAGAAACUGGCCGCAGGGUCGCUGACGUUUGUCAAGGCCUAUUCCAGUGGGCAGGCCAGUUCCGCCAUCGAUGGUUUGGAGGACGAGCUCGAGGCGGAAAUACAACGGGAAAAACAGACAAUAGCUACAUCCGGAUUCGGAAGAUGGCGCUACAAAGGCAGUAAGGUACUCCGCAGUAAAUACGUCUUGCUGCUGAUUGUUCUGUUAAACAUUGUGGACUGUGCUCUCGUUCUUGGUGAACUCGUCCUUGACCUCCAUCAUGUAAAAAAUAUCAUAACUGACACUGAAGCCAUGUCUUUAACAUUCCAACAAAACCUUUCCCAAAGAUACCCGGAGAAAUUUCGAGUGCAGGACACAAGGCAGGGUUUGCUAACGGCGUAUGAUACUGUUCUAAAAGCAAACUUAGUUUGGCCUUCUAACAUCAACAAAACUACAAAAAAAGACGGAACUAUUUCUUUUCCAACGGUGGUGAAAAUACAGGAACUCAAUUCAUCCAAAAGUGAUAAUGACAAGAAACAAUCUCUAGAACACGGAGACUUGGAUACAAGAAGGAGGGUCAGAAGGGCGGUGACAGAUGAUGGAUCCACCUCUGAGUCGACUGGCGAGGAGUCUGGCUCGGUUGCCAUGGGAAACGGAAUGCACUCCGACAGCGUAGAAGAAAAGGUAGCCAGCGUCUUUCACGGGCUCAGUCUCUUCAUCGUGGUGGUCCUUCUCAUCGAGACUUCGCUGAAGGUCGUCUGCUUUGGCAAGCACUUCUUCAACCAGAAGCUUGAGGUAUUCGAUGCCUGUAUCGUGCUAGCUUCGUUCACCGUUGACUUCAUAUUCGUGAAUGGGAUGGCUGCGGACGACAUCCAAGACUUUGUGUUCAUCCUGGCAUUUAUGUUACCAUGGGGAGUGAUUCGUGUUGUCAAUAGUUUGGUAGUCGCUGUUCGUGAUCACGAGCACUUCCGGUUAAAACUUCUUUACACACAGAAGAAGAAGGUUGAACAGGAGAACAAACAACUCCGGCAGGACAGGGAGAAGUACACGGAACAAUUGGAUUCUAUGCGAAGGUUGUGUUUGGCUGAAGGGAUUGAAGACUGGAAGGUCCAACAAACCAUUGCUAGACAACCAAUCAAACCCGGCAAAGGAAUAAUGGGAUCGUUUGCCAGCCUUGCCCUUGGCGCGCUAGGUGGACACAAGUCGAACGGCUCCAGCUUCUGGAACCUUCUAGCGACACCAAAACUAAGGCGUGGGAAAUCAGAGGAGUGGGAGGGAAAAACUGGGGUCCAAAUAAAGGAAGACACGCGAUCACUGAGGUACACUGACAGGGUUUGGACUGUGGCAGGGACGACCGACCUCCAUAAGAAAAACAAAAAGGCAAGGUCACUUUCGCAUCAAAGCACGGUAGAUAGCGAUCCAGGGACUCCGACGAUCAUCAAAGGGAGACUAAAAGCCAUCAAGCGCUUCUUGAGGCGACAGGACCCUGUGGAUAAUGCUUCGUUUUCAUCCAUGGACACCACAGAGAAAGACUCAAAGUGUUCUUUGAACAACAUCACGCCAUCUGAAAAUUCAUCUCCUCCAAUAAGUUUUGAAUUCGAUAGCAUGGACGAGAUAGACCAUCACGUUUCGUGUUCUCCUACGUGCGAAAUCAUAAAUGAAGUGUCAAGAGAAGUAAGUUACACAGACAGCCAUUCAUACUGUGAUCGACGAGAAAGUACCAAGUCGUGCUCAGAACCAAACGAAGAAGAGAGUGCCUAUGUUCGCCGAAAUAGCAGUAAAAAGUCCUUUCGGGAAUCGCACAGGACAAGUUCAAAGAGACGCCGCGAAGGACUGAGCAUGCGCCGCUGUGAAUCAAAUCCAGAGGAAGAUUCCGGUACCACAGUAGAGAGGAUCAUAUAUGCUAUUCCUGAUGAAGCAAAAGAAGAGACCCCAGACUCAUGUGACAAAGUUACUUUCUACAACAGUAGCGAAGAACAAUCUGAAAGUAAAAGCACUGAAACAAUCACAGCAAACUCAGAAACUGAAACAGAAACAGAAAAGAUACAACAAAAGGAUAGCUUGAAAUGCAAUGCGACGCAUGAUUGUCCCUUAAAUCAAUUGAAUCAUCAUGACGAAAAGACUAGCACAUAUCCAAGUAUUCAAGCUGACAGACAUGAAAAUAAAAUGGCAGAAAAUACGACGUAUUAUAUUGCCAAAGAAAAUUUCAAACUACAAAUUCCACCAACAAGUUCAUUUCUGACUAAUUUUAAGAAAGAUCAGCACGUGAAUCCGACAAAACGAUAUGAACCCAAAUUUGAUAAAAGAUUAAUUCCAAACGUUCCCAAAUCAUUGAAUAUCAAACCAUAUGCAACACUACGAAACCCCAAAUCCCUUGUAUCUAAAUCCAAGAGCGAAGAUUUUAAAGUGAUAUGCAAUGGUAACUUAGCGACAGUGAAACAUUCUCUGAUUGAGAACAACAAUGAAAAACACUUCUCUGAUACUGGUGUUCAGAACGCUGCAAAAGAUAAACUGGAAGGAUCUCGAAGUAUCACUGACGACAACAUACUAAAUAGUGACCUCACAAAACUACUCUUAUGCAAAAUGUGCGGGAAAUGUAAAGAACAUACUUCCGGGUUUUCUGUGUGUUCCUGCACGUCAGACAUAUUGCUGCAUUCCGACAAUGCUAAAUGCAAAGAAAACCGGUCCAUGAGCGGUCUGAAGAGCGACUAUCAGGGAAAGCACGAGAGCAGUUGUGAAGAUAAUGACGUAUGUGAGGAUGAUGACGUCAUGCAUCCGUUGUUAAGAAAGAAAUGACAAUAUCUUAUUUUCACCUUUUCAUAACUUAACUUUACUUAUAAAGUGUUUCAUGUAUUUUGUAUAAAUAUGCAAUACAUUAUAUUUUUCAGAAUAUUAAUCUAUUAACAUCGUUCUUGGGUGCUUAUUUUAAGAUAAUGAACAAAAGAUAUUACAGACCAUCAUUUGCAUUUAACCCCUGAACAUAUGUCAUGUUGGUAUUUAAAAUAAAAACCCAGCUAAGUAU